AUGAAGCUCGACUCAACCCUCUCCUCACCGCCCGGAGACGCUCGAAAGCCUCGCCUCGACUCGAACCCUCGCCUCACCCCCGGAGAAGCUCGACUCGAACCCUCGCCCACCGCCCGGAGAAGCUCGACUCGAACCCUCGCCUCACCGCCCGGAGAAGCACUCGAACCCUCGCCUCACCGCCCGGAGAAGCUCGACUCGAACCCUCGCCUCACAGAACUCGAACCCUCGCCUCACCGCCCGAGAAGCUCGACUCGAACCCUCGCCUCACCGCCCGGAGAAAACCCUCGACUCGAACCCCCUCGCUCACCGCCCGGAGAAGCUCGACUCGAACCCUCGCCUCACCGCCCGGAGAAGCUCGACUCGACCCUCGACCGCCGGACUCGACUCGAAACCCUCGCCUCACCGCCCGGAGAAGCUCGACUCGAACCCUCGCCUCACGCCCGGAGAAGCUCGACUCGAACCCUCGCCUCACCGCCCGGAGAAGCUCGACUCGAACCCUCGCCUCACCGCCCGGAGAAGCUCGACUCGAACCCUCGCCUCACCGCCGGAGAAGCUCGACUCGAACCCUCGCCUCACCGCCCGGAGAAGCUCGACUCGAACCCUCGCCUCACCGCCCGGAGAAGCUCGACUCGAACCCUCGCCUCACCGCCCGGAGAAGCUCGACUCGAACCCUCGCCUCACCGCCCGGAGAAGCUCGACUCGAACCCUCGAGAAACCGAACCCUCGCCUCACCGCCGGAGAAAGCUCGACUCGAACCCGCCUCAACCGCCCGGAGAAGCUCGACUCGAACCCUCGCCUCACCGCCGGAGAAGCUCGACUUCGCCUCACGCCCGCUCGACUCUCGCCUCACCGCCCGAGAAGCUCGACUCGAACCCUCGCCUCACCGCCCGGAGAAGCUCGACUCGAACCCUCGCCUCAGUCUGUCUUUCACCGCCCGGAGAAGCUCGACUCGAACCCUCGCCUCACCGUCUCGACCGCCUCACCGCCCGGAGAAAGCUCGACUCGAACCCUCGCCUCACCGCCCGGAGAAGCUCGACUCGAACCCUCGCCUCGAGAAGCUCGACUCGAACCCUCUCCUCAGUCUGUCUUUCACCGCCCGGAGAAGCUCAGACUCACGCGGAGACAUAUCGCCUCGACCCCUAA